GCUCCAGUUAGCGAGACCGACUCCUUCACUCUCUCCACCCGUUUUAUCUUCAGUGAUGAUGCAGGAGCGUGUUUGCCGUCCUGCAGACUGGUUAGUUGUCUGAAACGUGGGAAGUUAUUCGCCUGAAGUGAUCCCUGUCUGAAAUAUACACGGCAUGUGAAUUGGAAGAGACUGUCAGAGGAGUUUGGCUGUGCACUUGUAGGACUUUACUUACCACACUGCAGUGGAGAGCUCCUUUCAUGCAACCAUACAAUAUUGUCUCGUUAUUCCCUUUUGAAGAGGCAGGUGGUCAGUUCAGUGAUUUUCCUGAAUGCAGUCCUUCUGCAACAUUACAUUCCAUUAUUUCAUUGGCUUGACAAAAGAACUACAGCAAUGACAAUAAUUUAGCCAAUCUACAGUGUGCCUCCUCAGUAACCCUUGCUCUGUGGCAGGGGGUACAGUAGGCACACGUGAAACCCAGGCUGGAUCCAGAGAUACAGCCACGCUGCAUCAUGUCUCAAUCAAAGGCGAUAGAAAAAAAUCCCCCAUAGAGAAUGAUUUGUUUUCCAGCCUUCUCCACCGUUCAAACAAAGGCCUUAUCAUUACAGAAUCCCAGGCCUUUGUAAUGGUGAUUUCUCCAAAUAACCCUGCCUGAUUAAAAUUGCCUGGAAAAAGGGCGGUGAGCAGCGAUUAUAAUUAGGCGCUGGACAGGACUCAUUUGGUGGUAUUUGGAGCCAUUGUUUGUCGUUACCUCCUGCUGCCCUGAUGGUGGGUUAUAAGGUCUUCACUGGGAGAGAGGUACACCCAGCUGGAGACCACUCUGCAGCUGCUAAACUAUCAGUCCCGACCUCACACAGAGAACUGCAGAACUCCCAUUUCCUCUCUUUCACUGUUUUUUUACAACUACUUUUACUGCUACUGCUUUCACUGUUUUUACUGUGGCUCGAUUGACAGGUAGAUAUUUAUGUAUUUGACUCAUGCUUGGGUAGUGCUUUAGUGUAUUGAUUGUGUGUAUUCAUCAGAAUCCAGGAUGGAUGAGGAGAUAAUGUCAAGAGAGCCUGUAGUGUACUUCAUGUUUUUCUAGGCCUGUACAUUAUUGGAAUACCCCUCUGGUGAAUUGGUAGUCUUCCUACUUCGAUCCACACCUUUACAGUAUGUAAUUUUCCCAUAUUGACAGUCAAAGGUUUAGCCUUUUUUUAUUGAAUACGUUUUGCAUUCAAUCUAUAUGACUCUCUCCUAGAGGUAAAGUCUUUGAAUACCAAUAUCUACAUUGCUUCAAACUUUUCUAUAAUUUCUGUCAUAUUAAUGGCUUAUCGCCCUUACAGUUUAUUCGUAGAGCCACCUUAAAGGGGCAAUCUGUAGUUGCUACAUAAAUUUUUGGACUAUAUAUACCCAUUGAUUCUUGAAGAAUAUAACUUCAAAAUACCUAAUGAGCUUAGUUUAACUGUUGUAUCCCAUCAGAACCCAAAAUAUAUGUUUAUAAACAUUGUAAAUGUAAACAAACACUGUAUAGCCUCAAAACAUGAUUGAAACUAUCAUUUUGAUAUCAUGGAUGUUCAGUCCUUGCAUCCAUACCUCUGUCUAAUAAUUUGAGUGGUUACAUUUCUCCAGUCCCAUCCCUCAGCUUUUUACCAAAACAGAAGCAGGGUGUCCGCUUUGUUAUGUUUUCAACUGCGGAUUGGCAAAUUAUAUUGUGAGAAGUCUCCUUUCUGCAGUGGUGUAGUGCUAUUUUUUUAGGUGCAGGAGUAAAAAAAUGUAAUAAAACAUUACAUUAUAAUUUCUCAAUCAAAGUUUGUACCGACAGCUGUAGCCUAUUGAAUAUUAUUAUAGAAUAUGAAUAAAAUUCAUCCUCCAAUUGCAACGUCUGCUUAUGCCCACACGUAUUUUCUCAAUACAUCUUUAUAUUUUUAAUACCCUCAAACACCAAGUUAGGCAUACCUCAUUUCAAAAUAGGCCAUCAUCACUGUCAAUCAUGAAUGAUAAUUCUUCAAGUUUUACCGGUGAAAGUCCAAACUGCAUCUCCAUGCCAAUCAUUUGAUUUCAAUCAGUUUCAUGGGAAUAUGCAUUUAGAUCUUCUUGAAUUACUGUUUUGUGAGCGAAUUAAAGCAUAUGGUGUUAACAAAUUAUUAGCCUUUCUUGUAUUUUUUGUUUCAAUCAAAGCAUAUAUCCUGCCUAGUGGGGCACGCUGUUGAGUUUUGGCCACAUGAGAAAAUAAAUGUGACUAUUCAGCUUCAGCUAACCAUCCUAAAAUCUCACUAGAAAUGAGGUGUUUUUGGUGUAUCAGUAACGUAAUAGGCCUACUAUGCUAUACUAUUAUAUUCUGUUCUGUUUGUAAAAUACUAAUUACCCACUGGGCACAAAAGUCAAUUCAAUGUCUAUUCCACGUUGGUUCAACACAAUUUCAUUGAAAUGACGUGGAAACAACAUUGAUUCAACCAGUGUGUGCCCAGUGGGUCAUCAUUAUGUGAUCUUGCGGGACACUGAUUCAGCUUGGGAAAUAUUUUUAGCAGCUCCUUGUAUUCUCAAAUUGAAAUCCCUCGUACUCCGGCAGUACUACUACCCUGCCUUUCUGGUAGAACUGCUGCAGAGUUCUGUAGAGUAGAAGGGGAUGUUGAUAAAAGCCCCCCUAUGGUUUCUCUCAGUGUUCUGAACUCACUGGUGUUGCUAAUGUGUGCUUAUACAGGAUCAGGAGUAAUGCUGGGAAAGGUACUUUCUUGUAUACUGGAGCCUCAGAGUGGAAUGAGUUGCCUCUGCCCAUAAAAACGACGUCCUCUCUGGGCAGCUUUCAAAAUAAAGUAAGAAACUGUUUGAUGUCUUCUGUGCCCAUAUGAAUGACCCCUAUGAUGUAACUGCAAUGAUGAGAUAGAUGUUCUUCUUCUUUGUUUUUAUGGUUUAUUAUCUCGUCAUACUGUGUUCAACCGUGUUGGAUCUUGCCUAGCCAUCUUGUUUCAAGACCUCAAUGGAAAUAAGUCCCAGACUUUAUUGUGUGUUAUCCUCGAUGAUUUUACUCAUGUGCAUAUAUGGCUUUUUCAAGUUGUAUGUGUGCUUGUUUUUUUUAUGGUUGAAUUAUUAAACUAAAAAAACUAAAAAGACAGGGUCAGCCUGACCUCCUGCAGACACUCACACAGCCAUGGAAUGACAGACAUCUGCAGCAAGUGGACAAAGGAAAACAGAGUCUUCAUUUCACAUUGUAUGGAUUCCCCUGACUGAACCACUCACAGACACACACACACACACACACACACACACAAUGGAAGAGACACAGCUUAAUCAUUGGCUUCUUUGAGAGGAGGCUCCUCGUGUCCUCCGUUCAUUUACUCCAGCAGUAGAUCUAAUCCCAGUCUUGUAAAGUCUCUACGACAUAGAUCCAGCAGCCGCUGAAUGGUUGUAUCAGUGCCUGAAUAACUGCAUUAUGUCCUGAUUCCUGCUUUCAAGCCUGGCUAAUGCGAUUGAGAUUGAAUCCUUUCUUUCAUUUUCUCGGAAGCUUUGUCUAACUGGGUCUGCAGCAGGGCCAGAUCAGCUCUACUGAUGCAGGCAGCACAGCACCUUUACCUGUCUGUCACUGUUCAGACUCCAUCAUGCAGGGGAUGAGUUUAAACCCAGAGAAAAUGACAAACCUUUCUUCAGCCACUCGAGAAUGUGAUAGUGUGAAAGUGUAACACUCGGUACCUGUGAACUUUCCCUCAUAAUAUAGUAGACUAAAUACAUUGUGACAAGUCAAACUUCGUCCUUGCCUAACUUCCCAUAUAUCCGUCAGUUUCAGGGUAUGAUGAUGAUGUAUUGCAAUGAUUAAGUACACAACAGAUGUCAGGUUGUCAUGAAAUAUCAUGAAAUAUUAUUUAAUAUUUGUGAACUCUGUGAACUGUUGUUUUUGUGGAAUUGGUAAGGACAGUGUAACAUAAUCCUCAUAGACAGGACAUGGGCAGUAUAGCAGGUUCAAGUGUUAUUAUUGAUUUUGCUGAAAUAUUUUCAGUCUUAUGCAGAGCUUAUUCUACAGCAAAGCCUUCCUCAGUCUCGCUCUCUCUCCACUGUCCAGCUGGUAUGUAAACGUACCGACAAAGGUGUGAUCUCUGUUGGGAGAUAAAUAUGCAAAGAUAACUUGUGUUUUUAACUAUUUUGAGGUAUAAACAUUCCUAGUUACAGACUCCAAAGUUGCUGUUAGCUGACUUGAACCAAUUAAUAGGAUCCUAGCAACAGUAGUCAAUAUGUUUCUCAGCAACACCAUUUGGAUUUGCAGAAAUUAUAUUUAAGCUAGGCCUUCCAAUAAAGUAUUUGAGGAAGCCAAGGCUAUGGCUCACACAUUAUCAUUAAGGAAUCGUCAGGCACCGUCAUCUUAGAAGUCUUAAAAAAUGGGUUUCCAGGAGGUUAUGUCUAGAUUUUGCCCUAAUCUUAUGGGAGCCUACCCUGAAAUGUAUAAAAGUAACAGAUAUCACUCAACUCAAUCCAGCUCUCUCUCUGUCUCAUUCUGCAUUCAACCCUCAGUAUGUCUCACUUUUACUGUCUGACUGACUGACUGACUGACUGUGACUCUUAGACCUUUCCUGUCUGUAUCUGUCCCUGGAGGGAGACCCUGUUAAUAAAGAGAUCAUAGUCCUCACCAGGCUCUUCAGCUCACACACACAGAGCAGCAAUUAGACCUCUAUCACUGCUCGUCAUCAGUAAUCAGCCCACAGCAGCCAGGCUUAAUGUUAUCUAUUAAUUCUCUCUCUCUCCCUGUGUAAAGACCAACAGUGAUAGGAUCAGUGGCUGGUUGGGCUUUGGCUCAGGUGCUACCUGCUACUCACUAUACACUAAAAUUGAAUAAGCCCAUUCGUUAAAACAAAACGCCUUGGCUGGUUUACCCACCUCUGAAUUUCACUCAUUUUACAGGUACACCCAAUACAAGAUAUACCUUAUGGAUGGCUCUGAAUUGUAUUAGAGAUUUUAUGAAAUUAGCCCUAUUCACAAUGCAUUUAGAGGUUGUGGCCUGCCAUUUGAAUAAUCAGUUCUCCAGAUGCAUGUGUAAUAGAAUAUGGGCCUGUGAGCCAACUCUGUAGUAUUCCACCUGCUUGUGUUACUACACUGCUCAAAAAAAUAAAGGGAACACUUAAACAACACAAUGUAACUUCAAGUCAAUCACACUUCUGUGAAAUCAAACUGUCCACUUAGGAAGCAACACUGAUUGACAAUACAUUUCACAUGCUGUUGUGCAAAUGGAAUAGACAACAGGUGGAAAUUAUAGGCAAUUAGCAAGACACCCCCAAUAAAGGACUGGUUUUGCAGGUGUUGACCACAGACCACUUCUCAGUUCCUAUGCUUCCUGGCUGAUGUUUUGGUCACUUUUGAAUGCUGGCAGUGCUUUCACUCUAGUGGUAGCAUGAGACGGAGUCUACAACCCACACAAGUGGCUCAGGUAGUGCAGCUCAUCCAGGAUGGCACAUCAAUGCGAGCUGUGGCAAGAAGGUUUGCUGUGUCUGUCAGCGUAGUGUCCAGAGCAUGGAGGCGCUACCAGGAGACAGGCCAGUACAUCAGGAGACGUGGAGGAGGCCGUAGGAGGGCAACAACCCAGCAGCAGAACUGCUAUCUCCGCCUUUGUGCAAGGAGGAGCAGGAGGAGCACUGCCAGAGCCCUGCAAAAUGACCUCCAGCAGGCCACAAAUGUGCAUGUGUCUGCUCAAACGGUCAGAAACAGACUCCAUGAGGGUGGUAUGAGGGCCCGACGUCCACAGGUGGGGGUUGUGCUUACAGCCCAACACCGUGCAGGACGUUUGGCAUUUGCCAGAGAACACCAAGAUUGGCAAAUUCGCCACUGGUGCCCUGUGCUCUUCACAGAUGAAAGCAGGUUCACACUGAGCACGUGACAGACGUGACAGAGUCUGGAGACGCCGUGGAGAACGUUCUGCUGCCUGCAACAUCCUCCAGCAUGACCGGUUUGGCGGUGGGUCAGUCAUGGUGUGGGGUGGCAUUUCUUUGGGGGGCCACACAGCCCUCCAUGUGCUCGCCAGAGGUAGCCUGACUGCCAUUAGGUACCGAGAUGAGAUCCUCAGACCCCUUGUGAGACCAUAUGCUGGUGCGGUUGGCCCUGGGUUCCUCCUAAUGCAAGACAAUGCUAGACCUCAUGUGGCUGGAGUGUGUCAGCAGUUCCUGCAAGAGGAAGGCAUUGAUGCUAUGGACUUGCCCGCCCGUUCCCCAGACCUGAAUCCAAUUGAGCACAUCUGGGACAUCAUGUCUCGCUCCAUCCACCAACGCCACGUUGCACCACAGACUGUCCAGGAGUUGGCGGAUGCUUUAGUCCAGGUCUGGGAGGAGGUCCCUCAGGAGACCAUCCGCCACCUCAUCAGGAGCAUGCCCAGGCGUUGUAGGGAGGUCAUACAGGCACGUGGAGGCCACACACACUACUGAGCCUCAUUUUGACUUGUUUUAAGGACAUUACAUCAAAGUUGGAUCAGCCUGUAGUGUGGUUUUCCACUUUAAUCUUGAGGGUGACUCCAAAUCCAGACCUCCAUGGGUUGAUACAUUUGAUUUCCAUUGAUAAUUUUUGUGUGAUUUUGUUGUCAGCACAUUCAACUAUGUAAAGAAAAAAGUAUUUAAUAAGAUUAUUUCAUUCAUUCAGAUCUAGAAUGUGUUAUUUUAGUGUUCCCUUUAUUUUUUUGAGCAGUGUAUUACACUACUAAUGGACCUCUCUGUCUGUCUUCCCUGGAGGACCGUUCAGCAGUCUGACCAUUAGUGCAGUACACAAGGCCAACCACACACAGAUACAAUUGCAAGAUAAGCACCCUCCCUUCAUGUAUCAUAUUUUGCUCUACUUGUGUCUCAUUUUGCUUAGAUCAAUCAAAUAGUCUCUGUCUGUGCAUGCAAUAUAGUAUACCAGAGUAUACCAAACAUUAGCAACACCUUCCUAAUAUUGAGUUUUGUGUUGUAUUAUGUGGUAGUGGAGUAGGGGCCUGAGGGCACACACUUAGUGUGUUGUGAAAUCUGUUGUGAAUGUAUUGUAAUGUUUUUAAAAUGGUAUAACUGCCUUAAUUUUGCUGGACCCCAGGAAGAGUAGCUGCUGCCUUGGCAGCAGCUAAUGGGGAUCCAUAAUAAAUACAAAUACACAUUUGUCGGGGCAUGGACUACAAGGUGUCGAAAGCGUUCAGGGAUGCUGGCCCAUGUUGACUCCAAUGCUUCCCACAGUAGUGGCAAGUUGGCUGGAUGUCCUUUGGGUGGUGGACCAUUCUUGACACACACAGGAAACUGUUGAGCGUGAAAAACCCAGCAGUGUUGCAGUUCUUGACACACUCAAACCGGUGUGCCUGGCACCUACUACCAUACCCCGUUCAAAGGCACAUAAAUAUUUUGUCUUGCCCAUUCACCCUCUGAAUGGCACACACACAAUCCAUAUCUCAAUUGUCUCAAGGCUUGAAAAUCAUUAUUGAACCUGUAUCCUCCCCUUCAUCUACACUGAUUUAAGUGGAUUUAACAGGUGACAUCAAUAAGGGAUCAUAGACUGACCAGGUGAAUCCAGAUUAAAGCUAUGUCAUGGAAAGAGUUCCUAAUGUUUUGUACAUAUAUUUCUGAUUUUGUCACUAAAUUACAACCUGCACUUGUAAACAACAUUGUAUCACUGUUUUGAUUGUUUUUAAUGAAAAUACUGGCAUGCUUGAUUGCUAUCUGGUUUACAGUGUGAAGGCUCUCAGUAUUACUUUGGUGCAGUGUAGUUCUUUUGACCUAGUGUGCAAAUGGAAUCAUUCAUCUCCAUCCUCUGUCUCAUCGCAGUGCUAGCUGUGCCACUAGAGAUCCUGGUUCGAAUCCAGGCUCUGUCGUAGCCGGUCGUGACCGGGAGACCCAUGGGGCGGCGCACAAUUGGCCUAGCGUCGUCCAGGGUAGGGGAGGGAAUGGCCGGCAGGGAUGUUGGUAGAGCAUGGCGUUUGCAACGCCAGGGUUGUGGGUUCGAUUCCCGCGGGGGACCAGUAUGAAAAAAAUAUAUAUAUAUGUAUGCACUCACUAACUGUAAGUCGCUCUGGAUAAGAGUGUCUGCUAAAUGACUAAAAAUGUAAAAAUGUCUCUGUGUGCUGCCAAGAGGGCUGACCAGAGACAGGGCAGGGUUAGAGGCGGAGGCAGGGUUAGAGGCGGAGGCAGGGUUAGAGGCUGGGCAGAGACAGGGACAAUAGAGGCAGUGGCGGGGGCAAGCAGAUGCAGAGAACAGUGGAGGAAUGACCACACUCUUAAACCUCCUCCUUCUUGAUGUCUCUCUAUAACCUGAACUCUACAACCUCAAAAAAACAUCUGAUGCUGAUUAAACACGGCCACGGCGCCAACCCCAGAUCCCAUUCCAUUCUGUCUGCAUGUAUACUAUACCAGCUCAGCAAUGUCCAUAGUGUGCAAUUUGAGUACAAAUGUAUAACUCUUCUAUCAGACAGCUUCAGUAGAUUCUCUAAUGUCACAUUUAAAUACAUAUUUCAUAUUUCCAAGCAAUGAUCAGACUUGGAAUAAUGUUCAUUCUUUGAAAUUCAAUCACCAGAAACACCAAUACAAAGAUUCUGCACAUUGCCUCACUUUCUCUUUUCAGACCAGAAGGAAAACUGUUUCUGAACCUACAGCCGACAUUGGCUGAGAUAAUGGAAUUCGAUAUUCACUUUCUGUUUUCUUGGCAAGUUUAGGUUUUUCUGUCAUAAGAAAUGAUCAGUCUGAUGUAACAAAGUGUCCCAAUUAUCUAAAGAAUCUUAGUGUGUGUCUGCUUACAAGAGAUGACAAUUAAGUUUAUCCAAAAUAAUAUAAAGCUUGUUUGACAGCACAGACCAUUUCCCCACAAUGGCAAAGCAGGAAGAAUAUUGGUUAUUUCAACCAGUUAAAAUAAACUGUAGCUCAGUUGGUAGAGCAUGGCGCUUGCAACGCCAGGGUUGUGGGUUCGAUUCCCACGGGGGGCCAGUAUGAAUAUGUAUACACUCACUAACUGUAAGUUGCGUCUGCUAAAUUACUCAAAUGUAAUGAGUAUGGCCAAGGUUGCAUCCUAGCGGACUACUGCCUUUGAAACUGAAACUGUCCUUAGAUCUGUCUGACUGUGCAGUUCUGAGUCCAGGUUUAAGACUCCUUAAAUGUUAUCACCCUCUUUUAAGUAUUUUUCUCUUAAGCUUAGAGAAAGUGUCUGCCUUCAACCUUGAAAAACCCUUAAACACUCAGAAACUUUGCAAUUUGCAUUUGGCAAAAACACUCUGCAGAAGGGAAGCUUUUAGAGGCAGUGAAAGACAUAGAGAGGGACUUAUCUGAAAUGUGUUCAGGAGAUGUGCAGAAAGGUGCCAAGGCUUCUCUCAUUCUCUAUCUCCUCCCCCCUCUCUCGCUAUCUCUUCUCUCCCCAGGUGUACGAGCGAGGGACCAAUGUGGAGCAAUUUGUUACCCGCUUCCUGUUGAAGGAAUCAGCCAAUCAGAUCCAGUCUCUGCUAAACUCGGUGGAGAGUGCUGUGGAUGCUAUUGACGAGCAGCAUUGUAGCCAAUCAGGGUGAGUCAUCGAGUUAGGAGGACGCCACUGCUGUGUCAUGUCCUUAUGUGUGAAAUUGAGACUGGCAGUCCCCCAUCAAAAGUCACUCAGGUUCCUAGCUACACUACAUGACCAAAGGUAUGUGGACACCUGCUUGUCGAACAUCUCAUUCCAAAAUCAUGGGCAUUAAUAUGGAGUUGGUCCCCCCUUUGCUGCUAUAACAGCCUCCACUCUUCUGGGAAGGCUUUCCACUAGAUGUUGGAACAUUGCUGCGGCAACUUGCUUCCAUUCAGCCACAAGAGCAUUAGUGAGGUCAGGCACUGAUGUUGGGCGAUUAGGCCUGGCUCGCAGUCGGUGUUCCAAUUAAUCCCAAAGGUGCUCGAUGGGGUUGAGGUCAGGGCUCUGUGCAGGCCAGUCAAGUUCUUACACACCGCUCUCGAAAAACCCUUUCUGUAUGGACUUUGCUUUGUGCAUGGGGGCAUUGUCAUGCUGAAACGGGAAAGGGCCUUCUCCAAACUGUUGCCACAAAGUUGGAACCACAGAAUUGUCUAGUAUGUCAUUGUAUGCUGUAGCGUUAAGAUUUCCCUUCACUGGAAGUAAGGGGCCUAGCCUGAACCAUGAAAAACAGCCCCAGACCAUUAUUCCUCCUCCACCAAACUUUACAGUUGGCACUGUGCAUUUGGGCAGGUAUCGUUCUCCUGGCAUCCGCCAAACCCAGAUUCAUCCAUCGGACUGCCAGAUGGUGAAGCGUGAUUAAUCACUCCAGAGAACGCGUUUCCACUGUUCCAGAGUCCAAUGGCGGCGACAUUUACACCACUCCAGCCGAUGCUUGGCGUUGCACCUGGUGAUCUUAGGCUUGUGUGCGGCUGCUCUGCUUUUUACACGCUACACGUUUCAGCACUCGGUGGUCCCGUUCUGUGAGCUUGUGUGGCCUACCACUUCGCGGCUGAGUCGUUGUUGCUCCCAGCUCUAGCAGGGCAGAAAUUGGACAAACUGACUUGUUGGAAAGGUGGCAUCCUAUGACAGUGCCACGUUGAAAGUCACUGAGCUCUUCAGUAAGGCCAUUCUAUUGCCAAGGUUUGUCUAUGGAGAUUGCAUGGCUGUGUGCUCGAUUUUAUACACCUGUUAGCGACGAGUGUGGCUGAAAUAGCUAAAUCCACUAAUUUGAAGGGGUAUCCACAUACUUUUGUAUAUAUAGUGUAUGUAUGUGCCUUUUCUACUUACUGUGAUCCUCCCUCACCCUCCCUGGCUCUCUCAUCCCUCUCUCUCUUUUUCUCUCUCUGUCUCUCAUCCCUCUCUCUCUCUAUGUAAAGGUAUCCCACUAAGGUCAGUCCACGGGUUCCAGAGAAACGUUAUGAGAAACCAGUGCCUGACUACCCUCCUAACAACAGAGUCAGUGCUGCCAAGGAUGUUGCCCCGAGGAACAUCAACACUGCUACAGGUCAGACUUCUGCCUGUGUCACACACAUACUACACUGAUGUACGUCUCUCAUUGACGUAGGUUUGUAUUAAUCCAGCCCCUUCUUCAAUCUGCUGAUUAAUUUAAGUGAUGUACUCUUUUUUCUCCCUCAGUCUCCCCAGAGACACAUCACAUUUAAACAUUAUGUAGACGUAUCACCUGAACCAAAUGCAAUGUAAAUGCUUUCUGAAUGAAGUGUGACACAUUUGUCGGUUACAUUUGUGAUUAGCUUGAAGACAAGCAUGGGAGCAUUAAUCAAGUGCAAUGGAAAUCAAAAGCACUGUUCUCUUCAGGCAGAGUGAUUUAUUUCCCAUUUUCUACAAUCUCAAUCAAUCAUCUACAGAAACAUGGAGAUGUGCCUGGCAGCUCUAGCUCUCCCACAGAGAGGAGAGAAGUAGGAGGGAGGCAGAGAGGAGGAGGAGGGAGGCAGAGAGAGGGAGGGAGGCAGAGGGAGGGAGGCAGAGAGGAGGAGGGAGGCAGAGAGAGGGAGGGAGGCAGAGGGAGGCAGAGGGAGGGAGGCAGAGGGAGGGAGGCAGAGGAAGGGAGGCAGAGGGAGGGAGGGAGGCAGAGGGAGGGAGGGAGGCAGAGAGAAGGAGGGAGGCAGAGAGAGGGAGGGAGGCAGAGGGAGGGAGGGAGGAAGGGGCUAUACAAUGACACAGAUCGAUCAAAUAGGCACAUAUACUCUGCACUGCAGCCCUCACUUCGGUUAGAGUUUGGAGGCAAGCCACUGUAGAGAAGGUUUAAGUACAAACAGCUAGUACAUUUAUGGCUAUCAGUAGCAAUAACAAAAUGGUCUUCUAAAACCAUUGUAUAUUUUUGUAGUUUUCCUUCAUUCGGAACCACAAUGAAAUUUAAGCUGUUUCAUGGUGCUUCUGUCUCUAAGACAAUUCUGGAAUCAAUCCAUUUAAAUCAGCUUGCAUAACGUACAGCAUUCAGAGCAGUUACAGAAGCCAUAAACAAAGAGUGCCCAGUCAGCAUGCAUCAUGCAUGCAGUAGAUAAGCAUUACGUAAGUAUACAGUGGUUUGGAAGUAGACCAUAAAUGCUGAAAAUGGUAACUUUUCAAUGGGGAUAAAUAAUCCCUAUUUCCCUGAAUCCAUUCCUGAAUUUCAAUUAGAGCGCGGCUCCAUUUUAAAGCCGAGUAGGAGCUUCUGCCUAUGGCCUCACAAAUUAAUUCCAGUUUUUUUGUGACACAGAUAGAGGCCAAUGAUUCCCUUUGAAGUUUAGCAGUGUUUUCUACCCGUCGCCACUCUCUUCCUCUCUCUUCUCUUCCUCCCUGCUAUAGUUUCCAUCUCUCUCCAUGUGUAAUGAAACACUCAGACAGCUUCUUAACACUGACUCACAUACUGUAGACACUCAUAGGCUGUUGAUACCAGCUCUCCCUUCCACUCACUUGCUGUAACAAAUUGCAUGUUGUAAGAAGUGCCCCUUUUGAAGGGUUUUGAGUGACUUAAUUGAUUUAGGAUUGACGCGUGUUGAGAAGGAGGGCUAUGAGAUUGAUUAGCAAUGUAUCAUGAAGGAGCCAUUUCAUUGCCUGGCUACCCAGACUCCUUGCUCCAGCCAAACGCUACGCCACGCCCACUGACAUUUGUUUCUUCUCCGCAAUGAGUCUGGAUCUGAGUACCUGCCCAACCCUUCAACAAACGCGAACACAUUCGUGCCCGUCUGAUUGGUCCAGAAACUGCUGGGUUGGGCCAGAGCCAGAACACUAGUGGGUAAAGCGGCAGUUUGAAAAUGUGUCAUUGGCUUUGAUACUCUGAUUGGUUAAAGACAAUCCAAUCGUGUAUUACUUUGUUUUUUACAACACCCCUCGUGCCUAUCGUCACCACAAACGACUUCAAUGAUGGCAGUCUCAGACUAAAGUAUGUAGCGAACGACAGAGAAGAGGAAGAAUUUAGUGUGAGCCGUCAGGCUAGCCUUUUUACGCAUGGCCUUAUGCGGCAUUCCUGUUAAUGUAUUCUACUUGACGAGAAAAGACUCCAUUGGCCAAGUUGUCACAAUGAAGUAAAAACCACAGUGAAAUAGUCUAAAUUGCUCUCCUUUGAUAACCCACUGGGCAAAAACUGAUUGAAUCAAUGUUGUUUCCACGUCAUUUCAACAAAAUAAUUCAAUGUGAUGUCGGUGAAUCAACUUGGAAAACUGAUUGGAUUUGCAGAAAGUCAUCAACGUAAGCGAAUUUAGUCUUUUUUUCACCCAACUUUUAACCUAAAUCCAGUGACAUCAUUUUUUGUUGUUGAUUUCACGUUGAAUUAACGUUAGUUGACAUUGAACUGACUUUGGUGCCCAGAGGGAACAGUCUUUAUAGAAUUGUACUGCAGUUAAAUUAGCACAGUGUCUGGUUCCACUGUCUAGCUACUGUGUUCAACAAAUCAACUAGAUUGGAAUGAUAUGGAAGCCAUUGAAACUGUCUAUAGAAAAGGGCACUUUUGAGUCCAUUGCUUAAGUCUGACACCAGUUUAAAAUUUCCCUCAGACACUCAUAAACCUGACUGUUUGGGCCAUAAAAGCCAGUAUUACAGCUGUCAGAGGCUGGGGAGAGGACCUUGAUUGGAUCCAGCUUUGUCUGGCCUGUCAUUUGAGAACACCAGAAGGAUAAUAUUGAUCAAUAACUCCCUAUGCCCCUCACUCUCACAUUUACUUGUUCUUCUCUCACUAUCCCCCUCUCUCGUUCUCUUUCUCCCAUUCACACUUGUCAAAUAUAUAUUUUCUUGCUGUUUUUCCUGCUGUUUCUUUUGCUUUAUCUCUUUUUUUAAUCAUGACAGACAAUACAUUCUGGUUGCAGAAUCUGUCUGUGCUCUCUGUUCACUGAUCAGAGAAUACCUUGCCAGUAAAUAUGCUAAAUGUAAACAUUCAGUUUUGUGGAACUGCAGGAGUAUUUGACACUAUGGGUGAAAAGUUAUUUUUAAAUGAGCCAUUGUUCAUUGUGCAAUGCUACCUGAGACAAGGAACACUCCCCCAUUUCAUUGGGUGUGUGUCUGUUUGUGCUUGUGAGUGUGAGUGUGCAGGCAUCAGCCUGUGUCGUGUACAUUUUCCUUGCUCACAGCUUAUCUGCAACUGUGCCAUAUGUUAGACAGUAUGCUGAGACAGCUGCAAAUGGAGAUGGCUGUCUGUCAUUAGCAUGGCUAGUCAGGACUAAUGACUGCUCUUCUGCAUAUGACAGAGACCAUGCUCAAACAGCUUGGACUGCCAUUCAGGCCCAACUGACCAAAUGUGCCUGCUAUGUGCCUGCUUCAAAUGUCUCUAUGGUUACGGCUGGUAGGUUCCAAAACGCAGCAGCCCCCCUCAGCUCUGUGGUUAUCUGGUAGGCUCAUCAACACAGGGGGAAGUGUAAUCCUCUAAUUGGCUUGGCACCUCGAGAGGUGAUGAUUUCAAAGAGCAGGAAGCCCUUUUCCACCACUAAUUGGCUGUGUGGCAUCACAUAGAGGGGAGAAUGGAAUGAUUAAUAUUGUUGGCUCUCAUAUUUAUUUCUGCCUUAAUGAAGCCUCCUAUCACAGGGCUUCUAAGUGUAUUUGACUCUACUGUCAUUGUCGUCCUCUCUGGGCCUUUACAGCACACACUACUAUCCAGGGUGACUAAAGAAGGCAAAGCUAAUGACAAGAGCCAGGUGCGCUAGAAUACAAUGUAUUAUUGCUUUCUAAACAGAGCUGAAAAGCAAUAAAGACCCUUCUCUACUGAGGCACUGGGAAUAUAUUUCUACUUCAAUCCUUGAAUAGACAUGAUUCUUCCUGAUUAACAAAUGCAGUUGCCUAUUUAUCAGACCUGGUUGGAACUCUUUAUUUCCAUCAAAUACUCAUAGACUGUGGAGAAAAAAAUCUGUAUAAUGAUCUCUAUCAUAAAAUGUAUUGAAUGCUGGGAGUGUGUUGGCGUCAUGUGUUGUGUGCUCUGUUCAAUCAGGGGUGGUGGAGGUGAGGAAAGAGACUCUGGAGGCACAGAUCAACCGACUGGCUGAGCUGAUUGGACGCCUUGAGAACAAGGUAAGAACUCCCCACCCUACUCUACAUUACUUCAGGUACAAAGGUAAUCUGUUCUGGCUUUGGUAAGUGGUCACAUGUAAUAGACUUUUCAUUGACGUCAUUACUGGGCUAUCUCUAGCACAUUCCAGGGUGGCAGGUUGCCUAGGGGUUAAGAGCGUUGGGCCAGUAACUGAAAGGUCGCUGGUUUAAAUCUGUCGAUGUUCCCUUGAGCAAGGCACUUAACCCUAAAUUGCUCCUGUAAGUCCCUAAAUUACUAAAAUGUCAAAUGCAAUGGCACCUCUUUAGCACAUCUCCAACAACACAUCCCAUCUCUGCUGUACCUCCCAGUAAUUAUGCUGAGAGAAACCCAGGGACCUGAGAUGAGAUUCAGAUUGUGUUGGGGAGAGCAGUGCUGUAAACCCAGUAAUCUCUUCUCUGGAUAUUAUUGCUCUCUCUCCCCCAGUGGGGGAUGUGGGGUGGGGGGAAGGGAUGUGAAAGAAAAAGGACAAAGGAAGCAAUUAUUGAGGCCUGACGAACUAUUGCAAUAUGUUUUGCUAUUUCUUUCACCUAUCCCUCCCUCUCUCACUCACUAGCUCUCUUCUCCCUCAUGCCCUCCCCCUUUCUCCACUGCUGUCUUCCCUUACUCUUUUCCUCAUGCUCUCUCUGUCUCCCUCUCAUUCUCUCUUCUUUCUGUAUCUCUCUAUCUCUCUCUGCUCUGCUCUUUGUUCUCCCCCUUGCCCAUGUCUUGAAGGAAGUGAGCAUGGUAGACUAAUGGAGUCCCCAGUUAAUUCUGUAGUCUCUGGCAGGCAGGCAAGUUCUUAUUACAGCUAAGAAUAGCUGAACAGGUUUAUUCCAUGCUCGUUGAAGCGCCCCUUAGAGAACAGGGAAGGAGCUGUCAGAUCCCAGUAAAGAUUCCUAAAUGGGAGCAUUUCUUGGUCUUCCCAGGCAGACCCUCUGUGUCACAGGGCUAGGCGCGAUCCUGGAGCAGUUAACCGUACUGUAUGUCUGUGGUGGGAUCAGACAAACGUUCCCUCACAGGAAAGAUGUAUUAGCAGCGGGCUGCACUGUUUGCCACAAGUGCUUAUUAUCCAUGUUAUAGGAGAGGGACUGUACAAAAUCCCUGGUGUGGAAACAAUUAUUACAAAAUGGUUUAGAAUGGAGCGAGAAUUUUGUUUACUGGAUGCAGUUAUGACUAACAUGCAUCGCAACAAAUUGAGUUGUCUUCUGCCUCACAAGAUCAUAGUAGUAAUCCCCUUAGCUAUCUCCAUAUGGAAAAAUGCAAUCUUAUACAAGUGAAUGGUUAACUUUUAUUUUUUUUCAUACAAAGCAGGCAUAUGCUUUAAAUUGCUAGUCCUAUACAAUGUGCCUAAUUUGCACACACUGAAGGCCCUGAUUUUCAUAGCCAUGUCCCAUCUAGUCAUUGUAUAUUAUCUGCAGGAUGAUUUUACCCAGAGGUGACCUCAGGCCCAUCCCAGAUGUGCUGUUGUUGUCUGUAGAAUGCUGUAGAAUGCUGUAGAAUGCUGUAGAGUGCUGUAGAGUGCUGUAGAAUGCUGUAGAGUGCUGUAGAAUGCUUGCCUGCUGCUUCCUUUCCUCCGUUGUGUCAUUAUAAAGGCCUCAAUUACCAUGACGACUGGAACACCAGCCCGCUUUCUUCCUCCAGCAGCCCUCGUAUUGCUACAGUAUUUGGUUCUGUAUGAAAGAAAAUUCCAGGAUCUCAAACCCCACAUUGAGACACAUCUGCGUUGAGUCAUCAUGCAUCAUUAUGCACUCAGUAAGACAUUUGUGAGAAGGAUACUGCUAUACAAUACAGUGUUUCACUCCACUCCCACCGGAAAGCAGAAAGUAACUUCAGAAACACCACAGAAUGUGACUUUUUCUCCGUUUUCAAUAGUUGCUGUCCAUAACUUACCCAUCACAGUGUGUCUCGUGUAACGUAUUGGCUCUGUCCUAUGUGGCCUGCUGUAGACUUCAGAAUAAUAGGACACAGAGUGACUGCAUUGCUCAUGCCAUUGUUACUUGACUCAGUUGAUCCAGCCCAUGUUCUCCUAUCACUGCUUUGGAUUGGAUUGAAGACUGGGAGAUGGGAAAUAUAGCUCUCCAAUACAGUGAUGGCUUUUCUGGGCUUUACAUCUCUGAUUAAGAUCUCUGUGAUUCCUUGUUUGCGCUCUUGAUCUCUAGUGUCAAUACAUGCAAUAUUAAAGGUAGUGUCUACACAUGCAAUUUUAAAUGUUAUCUUGAAGGCCCUUCCACAUUAUACUGUGUGAUAACUACCCUCUGCAGUGUAACAUUUUCCUCCACAGAUCUGUGAGUAUAUUAGCUAGCUAAGAGAGAGAGAGAGAGAGAGAGAUAGAGAGAUAGAGAAAUAUUGUCAGUCAUCAGAACAGUAUGAAAGCAAGUCUUGAGUCUGCUGUGACAAUCUAGAGAUGAAAUCACUGGAUGAAGAAACAUUCAUUUUUUUCGGUACAGUUGCAAAUAAGAAAUGUGAGGUGAAAAAACCUGCCCACCUGGGUGUGUGCAGAGUAGGGUUCCCCUGUUCCAGUGCAGCUUAGGGUUAACGCUAAUGCACUUGUGGUUCUUGUGUUUUGGUUCUUGUUGCAGACAGUUUGGUUUGACCUGCAUCAGAGGCUAACAGACACUGAUGGCACAGCCAGCGCA